AUGAAUAUUGAAAAUAAUAUCAAUAAUCAAACCACUAUUUCUACACCUAUUAUAUAUUCUUCUUCAAAUACUAAUAUAAAAUUAUAUGGUAGUUCCUCGACUACUUCUAAUAUUUUGCUUUAUUCAAAAACAGUAUUGCAAAAUGAUAUAACGACAACAUUAUUACCAAGUUCGAGUAUUUUUGGUGAAACAAGUUCAUUAUUUGAUACCUUAGUAAAUUCACAUGCUUAUAUAUCUCCCAAUCCUAUUUCCACAUUCACCUCACAACAAUCUAGCCUCGUCUCUAACAUCGAUGUAAUAUCUUCUACUAUUUCUAGCGAAGUAUAUUCACCCAUCAUCUCAAGCGUUCAAUCCAUACAGUCGAGCUUUUCCCAACAAGGAUACUCUUUUCCAACAACAGCAACAAGCAAGCGUUCUUCUGAAAUAUCAACUUCUCAUUCCCCAUUAGUCUCUGCAAUUAGUUCUGAUAAUUCCAUCAACUUAGGAAUGCCUUCAUCCAGCAUAAUACCUAUUACUACUUCUUCCUCUACAUUUCCAAUAUAUUCACAAGAUCAGUCAACAAAUAUUCCUAACUCGGUCUCCAUAAAAACUGUAAUAUCAUCUUUUCUGACACAUUAUGAUACUACAUCCAGACCCCAACAGCAAUCAAGAUUCAGCUCACCUCUUCAAAAUCCUCUUUGGCCACUCAGCGAAGUUUCAAUAGCUUCUCAGUCAACAACUUUUCACUCCAUAACGUCUUCCACAAGCAAAUCCAACACCACUAUUGCAUCACCGAAGGACCUGCUCACUUAUACACCAUCAUUUACUCAACACUCGAUGACAAGCCAAUAUUUUUCUUACCCUUCACAUAUAUCACAGUCAACAUCUAUCAACAAAACCUUAAUUAAAAGUUUUAAGAAUACGACUGCUACAUAUUCGUUAGGUAAGACACCAACACUAAAAUCAAUUAAAGAAACAUCAUCUUCUAUUUCUUUCAGUAGUAAAUCUUCCCUUACAACUACUGACACCAAAUCUACUUCUAUCUCCUAUAACUUAUCCACUUCAUCUUCAUUUGUAUCAUCAUACCAAAACACUAUAAUAUACACGCAAGAGUAUUAUUUUACUGGUAAAACCACGUCAUUCACUAAAAAUAUACCAAUUACACUAACAUUAUCUUCAUCAGAUACUGCCUCUCAAUAUUCUUUAUCCACAACUGCAGUUAUAACAGCUCCAGUGGAAGUAUAUAAUAAAUGGAUAAAUGGUGGAGGGUUAGAUUCAACGGAUACUGAAAACAAUGAUAAUACUAACAACAGUGCAGGAACAAAUAAUGGGACUAUUGCAGGAAGCGUGGUUGGUGCUGUAGUUGGUGUCAUCCUAUGUUCUACAAUUAUCUGGUUUGUUGUAUUUAAACGUAAGAAAUAUUGUAAGAAUUGGAAGAAUAAAUUAAGUUUAAGUAAUAGCCAAAAAAGUGAGAGUAUGGUUAAUAAUUCUGUGUCUUCAUCGCAAUCUUUCACACAUUCAAGGGGAUAUAGAGUAGAUUAUAACUCCACCAACAAUGUAUCUAGUGAUCCAUUUAAACAUGAAUUCGAGUUUGACAGGAGAUAUAAUAUCAAUAGAACACCACCAGUGCCUGCGCCAAGAAAGAAUAAAAAUUCAAACAAUAAAGACUUCAAUAACAUAGGGACUCUUAGUGUACCUUUAACACCAAAUAAUAAUGAUAGCGAUAAUUAUCAUUUAAGAUUCUCCUAUGUUUCUUCAGAUACUGAUUCUUCAUUCAAUUCUUCUGCAGUUGGCAGCUAUUCUAUAACGUCAUCAUCACCAGACAGAUAUGGAACAAUGAGCAAUAAUAAACAAGGAUUUUUGAGGGAAAUGUUGUAG